UUAGUUGUGAGGACGAGUCACGUGGCUGUGACGGACGCCGAGCUCCUCGCUUGAUUUUGGUUGGCGGUACGUGACGUUAACCGGAUCGUGAAACGCGGUCAGAGUGAGACCUCCUCCUCUCUCUCGUCACCUCUUUCCCAGAAACGACGAACCCACAACAACAACAUCAUCAUCUGGCCGGAGAAGUGGACGGUUACCGGGGCCUCACGCGCGUUUAAAACCACGGAGCUCUUUGUCAUCUUGUCCUUUGACGUCAAGAGACGAGACACGAUGGCGGAGCAGAACACGGAGGCGAAGCUGAAGAACCUGCUGAAGCAGAAGAAGAUCCAGCUGUGGAACCCGCCGUACACCGACGACGACAACCAGCCGGGGCAGCAGCACAUGGAGGAGCUGGCGCAGCACUGCGCCCCCCUGCUGGGUCUGUCGGUGGCGGAGGUGGGCGGCGCUCUGGAGUCCGUCAGAGUCCAGGCGGUGAACAGAGGGAAAGGAAACAAGACGUACAGAGAGACCAACGUGGCAACGCUGGAGCUGCUGCUGCCCAGAGACAGCAGGAAGGAUCCAAAGUCGAAGAAGACCUACCUGGAGACGAGGCUGGACGUGUUGGUUCAGGAGGUGGUGGACAGGAUUGGAGACGACCACGGCCUCAAAUACAUCAAACUGAUCCUGAACGGGAAAACGCUGUGUGUAGACCAGCGUCUGGAUGAGCAGGGCGUGAAGAACCACAGUAAGAUGAUGGUGCUGAAGGUGAGCGACGCCGAGCUGAAGCGACAGAUGAGUGAGGAGGAGCAGAAGAAGAAGGAGCAGAACGAGAGUCUGCAGAGGACCCAGAAAGGCUUCCAGAUCCUGUCAGAGAGAGACGGCAGCGAGGACCCAGACACCACGCCUUUCCUGGAGAUCGCCGACCAGAAGGGAAACCCCCUGAAGAUCCCGCACAAGGAGAGGAAGGCUCUGAUCCUGGCCAUGGGUUUCCAUGAGAAAGGUCGCUCUCUGAUGAAGAGGAAGCAGUACGACAACGCUCUGUGUCACCUGCUCCAGGCCGACCAGCAGUUCAGUAAGUGCGACUCGGCUCUGCUCACCUCGGUGGAUAACUACGCCGUCCUGCAGCUGGACAUCGUGUGGUGUUACCGAGCGCUGGAGGCUCUGUCCUGUCUGGACGACGGCAAGAGCCGCCUGCGGAGAGCCGAGGACUGUUUCCUGCAGUGUUACGGAGAACAGCGCGAGAGGCUGCGCAUGAUCAAGGGUAACACAGGCAGAGAGGAGGUGUUGUUUCUGCGGCUGUAUCUCCUCCAGAGUCUCCUCUCCUACCUGGAGGGAAACGACGGUCAGGCUCAGCAGCAGCUGUCCAAGGUGGAGUCUCUGUUCAGCCGUCUGUGUCUGGACUCAGAGAAAAUGGCCCAGCUGAUGGCUCUGGGUUUCUCUGAGAGAGAAGCUCGGCUGGGACUCAGAGCCUGUCAGGGAGACCUGGAGGCCGCCGCCAACCACAUCAGCAGCCGCAGACAGGAGCAAGAGGAGCUGAAGCAGAGGGAGCGGCAGAAGAGGAGGAGGAGGAUGGAGGACAUCUCCUCCCUCACAGAGAUGGGAUUCUCCAGGAGAGACGCAGCCAGAGCUCUGCACCGCGCCGACGGAGACGUGGACAAAGCCUGCGAGGUGAGAGGCGGUUUCAUCACUUCAUUAUCAGAGAAACGAUCUCAGCUGAAGAUCCAGUUUAAAACUGACACACCCUCCUCAGGUGAUCAAGCCGUGCAGAUCCUCCAGGACUCCAGUCGACCCGCUCAGCUGAACAACAACAACACAGAGGGGGCCGUGAGUCCAGAGAAGGUGGAGCAGUUGUUGUAUUUGGGUUUUGAGAGGGAGGCGUCUGAAGCCGCUCUCAGACUGACGGGUGGAGACAUCCAAACUGCGACUCUGCUGCUGCUGGACAACCAGGGCGUCCUCUCCCCGCCCUCCACCUCCACGUCCACCCCCUCCUCCUCCACCCCCUCCUCCACCUCCCCCUCCUCCGAGGAGCCCACAGCCUCCUCCGCCUCCACAGAGGACGAGGAGCUGGUGAGCGAGGUGCUGGACGACAUCUCCCACCACGAGGAGGAUUAUCUCGACCUGACGCUGGAGGAGGAGAGCGAGCUCAUCGACACCAUGAAGACCUACCUGAGCCGUGGCCCCACACACUCCGUGUGACAGACACACACACACACACACACACACACACACACACACACACACACAGUGCUUCACCCUCUGUUAUCCAUGUACAGCAGUCAGCGCCUCCACCUCAGACUCAAUCAGGUCGUCUCCUCCCUCACAAACUGAUCAUUAGUUUUAUUUAGCGAUCAGCUGAGACACAGUUUUAUUUUGAAGGAUCCAAACUGUUGUGUUGCACCUCAGCUGGCAACAUGUUUAAUUUGAAUUUAAUUUGAAAAGGUGUCAAAGUCCUGCAGGCUGCUGACGACUUCCUGUUUUAACUUGUGAAAGCUUCAGUUUGAGAAGCGGCGCGUCACAUGACGACGUUCACUUUAAAACUUGUUCUUCUCAGACUGAACCGUCUGCUGUUCUUCAUUAUUUCCUUUAAACACAAAUGUUCUUUUCUGAAUUCAUCUUUAGCCACAUGAAGAUUUUCUUUAGAUGUUUUGUCCGAACCAAAGGAACCUGCUGAGCUGCAGCUGGAAACACGAACUCCAGCUUGUUGUUGUGACGACUGAUCGAUCACGUGUUUUCCGUUUGCGACUCAGCAGCUGUUUGUGACGUUGAUUUAAUUUAAAUGAAUUUCAUGUUGAUGAUGAGUUCCAUGUGGAUCGUCUCAUGUUGAUGGAGCCAAUAAAGAAAAAGGUUUCGUUUGA